AUGCUGAGUGUGGAGAUGUACCCCGGGUUGACUCUGGGACCUCAGAGGAUCGGAGACUGCUUCUACAGAGACCGGGAAGCUCCUGCCCACAUGUCGCUGUUUCCUCCCGCCUGUGACAUGGCCGCCAAAGCCCUGCCCCCAAGGCUGCUGGCCCCUCCCACUAUCCCAAGCGAGCCUGCAACUAAAACCCCAAAAGACGACGUGAGGAUGGAGCUGGAGAACUCGUCUCUAUGGAAACAGUUCAGCUCCGUGGGCACAGAGAUGAUCAUCACAAAGAAGGGCCGACGGAUGUUUCCCGGCUUGAGGAUGAAGCUGUCGGGCCUGAAUCCGUCCCUACGUUACAUCCUCCUCCUGGACAUCGUCCCACUGGACAACUCCCGCUACCGCUUCCAAGGUGGCGGCUGGCAGGCUGUCGGGGGUGCAGAAGCGAGGCUACCAGACCGGGUGUUCAUUCAUCCAGACUCCCCCGCCACGGGCGCUCACUGGCAGGGCCGCACCAUCUCCUUUCACUACGCCAAGCUCACCAACAACACACUGGACUCACAGGGACAUAUCAUCCUCCACUCGCUGCAUCGCUACCAGCCCAGAGUUCAUGUGAUCGAAGCCAGAGACGUGCUGAGGUGGGGUGGAGGGCAGCACUCCUUCGUGUUCCCCGAGACCCAGUUCCUCACGGUCACCGCCUACCAGAACAACAAGAUCACAGAGCUGAAGAUCAGCGCCAACCCCUUCGCAAAGGGCUUCAGAGAGGACGGCAUGAACAGCAAAAAACAAAGAGAUGCAAGACAGAAGCGCAAAAUAUCCGACUUGACGGAAACUUUAGAUAUUGUCAACUGUGAUCCAUGCGACUCUGCAGAGCUUUUGCCACUACCCACCUCCUCCACCACCGCAGCAGACCUGCAGGCCCUGGCUCUGUCCUCUCUGCCCCAGCUGGCUGACCCCUCCUGUGGGUACAGACCACAGGAGGCUUCCUAUCAGGACACGCUGGUCCCAGAGCAGCCGCUGGACCUCGGCCAGGCGUUCAUGGCAUCACAGAUGUCUGACAUCGGCAUCUCCAUGGCCAAUGGGAUGCAGGACGCACCGAGGAGUGAGGUGGCAAAUAGUAUAAAUGAAAGAUCAGACGCUAUGGGUGAACCAGCUUACACCUCCAACUUCCCUCCUGCUCAGGCCAUCUCCUCCUCGUUCCCCUCAGCUCCUCUUUCUCACUCCUCCUCCUUCUCCUCCCUCCCCAUCCCCGACCCCUUGGCCACAUCUGCUCCUCAGCCCUCCAUCCCCCCGUUCGACUAUCCCUCAAUCCUCUCCUCCUCACCCACGCUCCACUCCUCCUCCUCCUCCUCCCCCGUCUCCACCACUCCCUCCCUGCAGCAGACCACCUUCACCUUCCCCACUCCACCUCCUUCCAACUCCUCCUCCCCACAGCCGCUCCUCUCCUCCUCCUCUCCCUCCGCCAACACCUACCACACCAUCCCAGAGACGAUUGGCCCCCACACACCCACAGACGCCUCCUUCCCCGCCCCAUCUUCUGCGUGUCAGUCUGGCCUGCAGCACCAGAUAUCCACCCAUCCUGUGCUCACCCAGCCCAGUCAGCCACUGCAGGGAGAAGGUAUCUCCAGUGGAAAUAAUUCACCCAACGAUCAAAGCCCAGCAGCAUUUAUCUAUCCAAAUAUCCUGCCUACAAAUCCUGAUCCGGUUCCAAUUGCUGCUCAGCUUCUCUUCAACCACAACCAACCCCCGGCUCCCACUCUGCCGUGCCCCCUACCCUCCCACGGUGGUGCCACAUCUUUUGCCUUCCCCUCCGUCCCCCCUCACAUGCAAAACCUCUCAUUUACGAAUGUGUCACCCAGCCAGGCCCACGCCGGCCUGCACCUCCAAAAUCUGAGCCACCAAGCGUCAGCCCCCUCCCUCGCUGCAGCCUUCCCUCCCUCCUCCUUCUCUUAUCCACCAUCCUCCCUCCCUCACCCUCCUUUCCAACCUUCCUCUUGCUUGGCCGUCUCCUCUUCCUUCCAGCAGUCCGCUCCACCCACCUAUCCUCAAAACUUUCCCAAUCCUCAUGCGUCCUCCUGCACAUCCUCGUACCCUUCGGUUGAUAUAGGCUCCAUGCCUCAGUUCAACCCCCCUGCCCCGUAUCGCCCAGAGAUGGUACUGCACCACCCGUCUCUUCUCCCUCAGCUGGAUCCAUCUCUUCCCUCCUCCACUCCUCCUCCUGCGCUCUACCAAACCUUUCCGUCCUACCCCCUGCGGCUGUGUCAGGACCCUCACUCAUCCCUCUCCAUCCCUUUCAGGCAUCUGUACAGACAACACCAGCAUGGCCAUGCCCACCCCCAGGGGUCCUACCUGGACAUGGGUGCAAGACCUGUGUUUUGA